UGCGCCCCCUGCGAUUCUGUUUCCACAUUGACUUCGGGGCCUAGGCCGUACGAGUGUGGCACCAGUAUAUGAACCGCUCCUCGCAUCGCAUUCAUCUCCCAAGUACUACACGCAACUCACUAGCUCGGUCUCACACUUCUAAUCAAAGAUCAAGUUUAAGCUAGAUCGUGAUCAUCCCGGCUUAAUUGGUCAUCGAUCGCCUCCGCCGCCACUUGUCACAUCGAUCAAAUUAAUGGAGCAAGAGCAGGUGCUGGUGUUAUUGCCUCAGGUGUCCAACAGCUGCACCUGUAGCGGCAGCAACACGACGAGCUCUUCCUCCAGCAGCACUCUCAACGCGUCGUCGCCCAGCUCCGGGGACUCGUCCGGGUCAGGGAGCGAUGUCGGCGCCGUAGGGAAGAAGAAGCGGCCGCGGAGGGACCUGAAGCACCCGACGUACCGCGGCGUGCGGAUGCGCACCUGGGGCAAAUGGGUGUCGGAGAUCAGGGAGCCCCGCAAGAAGUCCCGCAUCUGGCUCGGCACCUUCGACACCCCGGAGAUGGCCGCGCGCGCCCACGACGCCGCCGCCAUCGCCAUCAAGGGCCGCGCCGCCACCCUCAACUUCCCGGCCCUCGCGCACGAGCUGCCCCGCGCGGCCUCCGCGGCGCCCAAGGACGUGCAGGCCGCGGCCGCUCUCGCCGCCGCUGCCACGCAUUGCCCGGCCGUCGCCGCCGUGCUCUCGCCAUCGCCAGACGCCACCAUUGGCUUGGAAGGCCAAGGACCGGCCACAGCAGUGCGAGAUUGCUGGAUCGACGACGAGAUCCUCACACGGGGAAAUGGCUGCAUUGGAGGACUGGACUUGGACUUGGCGUUUUUCGACGUGCCGGACGAUGCUCUGCUGGGGUUCGGGUUCACGUUGCCGGAGCCGCCGUCUUACUGUGGUUCGCCGUGGGAUGACGUCCCCGUCGACGAUCUCUUCUUCGGGGAGCCGUUGCCGCUCUGGGAACACUGACUGACCUGCAUCUGCAUGAACACUACACGUCGAUCCAUCAACGCGAUCAUGGACGAGAUUGUUUUUUCUCCAAUCGUGGUCAAUAUGCAAGAGAUACUAGCUAACCUUGUUUCUUCGGUCAGUCAUAGCUAAAGAUUGAGCCAAUGCGUUGGCUCCUUUUACCGGUCAAUAAAAUUGAUAUCGCCUAAAGCGAUAUCAUAGUACUCCAGUACGUCCUUUACUAAGUUGUGGUCAAGAUUUGAAGACUUGACUGCAUCCUUUUCAUUUGUUCUUUGUUUUUGUAGCUGAGGUUCAGCUUGUAACAGGACUAGCAUAUGGUACAAAUGAUGGGUGUGCCGCCAGUUCUUUUUGCCCUGCAGCUCGAGUCCGAGCAAAGGGUUUUUUUCUGGUGCUAUGUCUGUCAGACCGAUUUUUAAGCUCGUUCUUUGGAUGCAAAUUUUAACUAUUUUUCCCGG